GUACAGUUACCGUGAAUGUACACAGCGUGCGCCAUGCAAGAAAAUUUGUUAAUGUUUUGAUCAAUCGCUACAGGGUUCGCCUACAGCUAGACACCGGCUCCGCAAUAACUGUCAUUGGACGAAAAAUUUGGCAGCAGCUUGAUGAGCCAACAUUGAGACCGGUAGAAGUCCAUGCGAGAACAGCGCCUGGUUCGCACCUUCAGCUGGAUGGUGAAUUUUGUGCUCAGUGACGUUGCGAAGGCCACGGCAUCCGACCCGGUGCUGCGAUAAGUAUACAACUACAUCAUGGAUGGGUGGCCCCAAAACAUCACCUACGCUACAGAAUUGGCUUGCUUCUACCACAGAGGCGAGGCCCUCACCACGGUCCGAGGUUGCAUUCUGUUCGGGGAAAGGGUGGUAAUCCCAACCAAACUUCAGCAGCGGUGCCUAAAACAGCUGCAUGAAGGGCACCCAGGAAUCCAGAGAAUGAAAUCCAUAGCUCGGAGUUAUGUGUAUUGGCCGUCAAUAGACGGAGAUGUAGUAGGCUAAGUUAAAACAUGCCAUGCUUGCGCGAUAGCGUCAAAGUCCUCGCCACGCGAGAUACCGAUGUCCUGGCCGAGGACAAAGAAGCCGUGGCAGCGCAUUCACAUCGAUUUCGCCGGGCCGAUCGAAGGUGAUUACUUUUUGAUAGCGGUAGAUGCGCACACGAAGUGGCCAGAAGUGGUAAAAAUGCGAACAACAACAACCAGAGCAACCAUCGCAGUACUAAGAAGCAUUUUCGCGAGAUUCGGAUACCCAGAAACACUGGUCAGCGAUAAUGGGCCGCAAUUCGUCAGUACUGAAUUUUCAGCGUAUUGCUGCAGUCGUGGUAUUCAGCACAUCACAACGGCGCCAUUUCAUCCCCAGUCAAACGGGCAGGCCGAGCGCUUCGUAGACACUUUCAAGACGUCAACAAGGAAGAUUGAGGAAGGCGGAGCAACUCGUGAAGAAGCUCUUGACAUAUUUUUAGAAACCUACCGUACGACUCCCAAUCCGGUGCUAGAGAAUAAACAAUCGCCAGCGGAAGCUAUGCUUGGGCGAAAAGUUCGAACGGCUCUGGAAUUGCUAAAACCUCCUCUUGCGGCACGAGAUGAACCGGCAGUUUUAGUUCAUAAACGUUUUCAGCGUGGUGACCGCGUUUAUGCAAAGCUGUUUGUGCGGAACUCGUGGAAAUGGGUGUCUGCACGAGUAAAACGGGAGCUUGGCAGCGUAAUGUACGAAGUGGAGACGGAUGGUUUUCGGGUACAUCGUCGACACGUAAACCAGCUACGGAGGCGUGAUUCACUUAGCGUGCGUGAAUCAAGCAAUAAUUCUGAAGAGCCAAGUCGUUUACCGCUAGACAUUUUAAUGGGCAGAGCAACAGCGGAAACGGUUGUUUCACCAACGGAGCAGCAAAGUAACACAUCCCCUGCACAGCCGUCCCUGAGUCCAGUCCCUUUGGCAGUCCAAAGACGUCAGCAGCCGAUACGAUCGCUACGCCGAUCUUCUAGAGAUAGAAGGCUCCCGCGUCGGUUCGAUGGGUAUCGUCUUUGUUAAACAGGGGGAGAUGUUGUGAGCUAACCUGGACCGGAUGGGUUGCUACUAGUAACUCACCGUUGGUGCGUGAGUGAUCAUCGGUUGAUGUGUGCGUGCAAUCCACCCGGGUCAUCGUUUGCGCGGUCAACGGGGUCGACCGGCGAACACGCCGGCACUUGGCAACUGGCAAUUAAGGAUAGCGCACGGAAAGGGAACGGCGGGAAACAGUCUUCGUCUUUUUACGUUAGAAUAACGUCUUUUAGGUUAAUAUAGUUAUAUGUUCGUUUAUGUUACAAACGCGUGUACCUCUCUGUGUAAUAACAACCGAAGAAAGAAAGGAACAUAUCAAUUGCGAAAAUAACAACGAGAAACCCGAGUUGUACCCUUGUAAACUACGCGCUACGACCAAAACGACAAUUGUCAACAAAGCAUCCAUAGCAUACUGCGAUAUUUGGUACACCGAAGGUUAGUUGUACCAAUUAUGGACGUACAGGAAAAAGGCAUAUUUUC